AUGGAAAACCAGUAUCUAUGUUGCACAAAAGAAGAAGUCCGCGCCGUCAUUCGGUUUUUUAAUUUUCAAAAUAUUUCUCCGAUUGAAAUUCAUCGAAAAAUAACCGAAGUUUAUGGCCCACAAGUAAUGUCUCGAAAAAGUGUAUCGGUUUGGUGUACAAAAUUUAAUUCAGGUCGAGAAAGUGUUGAAGAUGAGGCAAGAAGUGGUCGACCAAUAAGCACGUCCACCGCCGAAACCAUUGAUGCAGUCGAAAAACUGCUACGAUCGGAUAGACGACUCAAGAUUAGGGAAAUGGCCACAAAACUUGAUCUCCCAAAGACUACUGUGCAUGAAAUUGUUCAUGAGAAAUUAAAUUUUCGUAAGGUUUGUGCGCGCUGGGUACCGAAAAUGCUUACAGCAGACCACAAAACCAAACGUAUGCGGAUAUCCAUAGAGCAUUUGAAUCGUGCUCGUAAUGACGAAAGCUUCCUCGAUCACCUCAUUACAGAUGAGACAUGGGUUCAUUAUUCUACCCCUUAA